GUCGAGCGCAAUGAAAUAUUCCAACGAGGAAUAUACAUAAAAGUUGAACGUUGGGGCUGACCAAACCAAACCAAACCAAGCACAAGAGUGAAAACUUCGGCUAGUCCGAAACCAUCAAAAAAUUUUUGAAAGUUAUUGCUGGUUCAAUAACUUACUGUUGAUCAGUACAAGUUUUAGUCAACCUUUUUUGUUUCUACACGAUGACUUACACGAAUUGCUACGACUACAACAAUCUGUUGACUGCGACGAACACGACGGACACAUUGGGAAGCUUAGGAAGCCUCGCCAAAGUUGCCACCGACCAACUUUUAGGCUGGACGGAUCCAACCGGAUUUCUGGCAUCUCAUCUCAACUCCCAAGCAGCGCAGGCAUGCCUUGAUGACUUUGCUUUUGGUGUCGAUUCAUUCGGCGAACAAACUGUGCCAGGUAGCUUAAUAUUUUUGUCUUGACUCGUCAUUAAUAGCUCGUUUCCUUUAACGAGACUCGCCCACAUUUGUUGUUUUCGCUUGUGCGUGUUCUUUCACAUAUUAUAACCGGUAGUCUAUAGUUUAAUCUAACGUGAUGAUACUUACGAUUGUUUAGUUUCUUUACUAUAUCGUGUUCGUGUUUUUACUUGGGCGUCGUUCGUUGUAGUUGAAUUUCAUAUGACGCAACAGCGCUUUUGCUAUUUUGUUCGGCUCGGGUUUUGUUCAUUACAGCUACUAAAUAGCCCACGCUUUUAAAACUACUUUAAUAUUUGUAUUCGGCUUCAUUUGUACCAUUUAAAAAUAAAUUUGCUACGAUUCGAUGAAAAAUUUUUGUUUCGCAAUAGGUUAGCGGUUCGCGGAUGCGUUUCUCAAUUUUGCCUCUGGGGAAAACGAAUUCCUUCGUGAUCCGAUUACCUUUAGCUUUAUACUUAUUACUGUCAACUAAAUUUGUAUUUUGAUUCUUUCUUUAACAGGAGAAUACGACUUCGCAACUGUCCCCGACAUAAAACAAGACAUUAAACCGGACAUCAGCCAACUCCAAAAGAACGCACAUCGUUUAGACCAGUUUAAAACCCCAUCUCUCAUAGACGUGUUUUCCACAACGACAGCAACGACCCCACCGCCAGCAUCGCUAACAUCACCCUACCACUCUCCACCUCACAACCUAUGGAACCCCGACCGAACAGUUUUGACAUCUCUCGUCAGCAACGCGAACCCUAUUAACACGGCUACGCCAUUUUCGAGCAGUUGUUCUACUCCAGCUUCAAUGUCGCAACCCGUGUCAUGUAGCCUUCAAAACACCGUGCCACCGCAAUCCGCUGCCAUGUUACAGAAGCUGCAACAACAACAACAGUUCUUCGAAACAUACCAAAAAGUAACCCAAGCCGCCUCGGCUUUCCCUUACACGAAAGCUCAAUCGGUUUCAUCCUUCCCCUACCUACAAGCAACAGCUACUGUUAACAUGAAGUGGCCAUUGAUCAGCGACCCAAACCAGUUAUCCCAAAACCUUAAGCUUGAUGCAAGCCUCGACAAACUACUAAACCCCACACCGAACGACUUUUUAAACAACAACAUCAUGAAAGUCGUCAAACCGAUCCCAAACAACAACCACAGACCCACAAAAGCUGGUAGCGGUAUUUUGAAAGUGAAGCGCGACGACCAACUCACGAAGCGGGCAAAAACACCGCCAAGUGAACGACCUUAUGGAUGCCCCGUUGAAACGUGUUCUCGUCGCUUCUCACGUUCUGAUGAGCUCACUCGCCAUAUGAGAACUCACACCGGGCAAAAACCGUUCCAAUGUCGCAUCUGUAUGAGAAAUUUCUCCCGCUCCGAUCACCUUACCACGCACAUCAGAACUCACACGGGUGAAAAACCUUUCGCUUGUGAUACCUGUGGCCGACGCUUUGCCCGCUCCGACGAGAGAAGACGACACAUGAAAAUCCAUCUUCGUGAACAAGCCAAGAAAGAAGAAGAAGCGAAGAAGGCGUUGGCUGCUCAAAGCCAUCCAAACCUUUCAACCGUGCCCUCGCCUCAAUUCCAAGUUCCUUCACUUUCCCCAAUGCCACGACCCCUUUCCGCAUGAACACAAAAACUUUCAGUAUGAACACUAAAACGUGAUAACGCUGGCGUUGUCAUGACAUAUCGAAAGAACUUAUAUAACGAACACAUAGCACGUAUAGAAAACACGUUUGUAUUAUAUUUAAAUAGUAUGAGAGAUGAACAUUUUAGGCUGGUCCCUAAACCUUGUAUAUAAUAUAGUCGAUGAAAGAACGCGUUAUAUCCAAUAAUGUGUAACGUAGAGUUGAGUUGAUCCUGUUGAUUCGGGAUUUCAAAGGACGUUUCCGAAGCAAUUUGCGUGGCUGUGCCGCGGUCUUUGUUUGUAAUAAUUUAUAGUAUAUUUUGAUUUAAAAAUGUCAAGGCACAACUUGCCUCUAGUAUUUUUUGUUUCAAAAAAAUAAAAAUAACCAAGUUAAUUUUUUAUACUGAUUCUGAAGUGCUGACGUGUCGCACAAACACGUACAGACUUGUUUUAUAUUUUGACGGUAAUAUCAGCAGAGUGUGUGGAAACUUUGCGGUUACCCCAAAGAUAUUUUAAAACAUUUUAGCUUGAAACAAAAAUCGAUUAAUUUCGCGUGACAGGCUUUUAUCUGCGGGGUAAAAACGAAGUUCCCACGUCAGCUUUAAUAUUGUAUAUAGCAUUUAAGCGCCUUCUUUCGUUUGUGUUUUUCUAAUAACUUUAAAAGCAAUGAAUUCGCGCUGGUCAGCGAACCUUAAUAUGUAUAUUGUAUAUAUCAGUGGCUGGCUCCUGAAUAUGUAACAUUGAGUGAAAAAAUACAGCGUUUUGCCCAAACGUGUUGCGUUUGUAUAUCCUAUGCAUUAUUU